CUUCAUCACUUCGAUUCGUUUUUCACUCAAUCUGGAACUCUCGCUUGUUUCCCUCUCUAACCUCUAAACAUUUUAAUUCCCCUGCUCAACUUCAUAUCGUGUAUUGUAGGAAAAAAAACUUCAUAUUCAAUUACAGAAGGAUUAAUCUAUUUGACGCCCAACUUCCCUUUUUUUUACAUACUCAGUAUAUUUUCUUCAAAAUCUGGGAAGAUGUCACCUUUUGUCUUGUUCAUAUUGAUCUUCUGCAAUUCUCUAGCUCUAGUGGGUUCUUUGAAUGAAGAAGCGAAAGCACUUUUGUCCUUCAAGCAAUCUAUUUCAGAGGACCCAGAAGGGACACUAAUUACCUGGAACAAUUCCGAUGAAAACCCUUGUUCAUGGAACGGUAUUUCUUGCAAGAAUGGACGGGUUGUCUCUUUGAGCAUUCCAAAGAAGAAUCUAUUUGGGAUUCUCUCUCCCUCCCUCGGCUCACUCUCGGAGCUCAGACAUCUGAAUUUAAGGAGCAAUAGGCUUUCUGGGAGCUUGCCAUCCGGUCUCUUCAGAGCUUUACGAUUGCAAGGUUUGGUUCUUUAUGAAAAUUCCUUGUCUGGGCCAUUGCCUUCCGAGGUCGGGAGGCUUAAUUACCUUCAAACUCUUCAUGUUUCUCAUAAUUUUAUGGAUGGUUAUUUGCCUGCAACUCUGAUUCACUGUAGAAGGCUGAAGAACCUUGAUUUGAGUGCGAACAAUUUUAGUGGGAUUUUGCCUGAUGGUGUUGGGGCUAGCUUGGCUUCACUGGAAAACCUUAACCUUUCACACAACUUGUUUAGUGGGUUGAUUCCUCGUGACUUUGGAAAUUUGUCUAAUCUGGAAGGAACACUUGAUUUGUCUCAUAAUAGAUUUAGGGGGGUGAUCCCAUCAAGCCUUGGUAACCUUCCUGAGAAGGUUUAUAUUGAUCUCACUUACAACAAUUUGAGUGGUCCAAUUCCUCAAAAUGGUGCUCUAAUGAAUAGAGGGCCAACUGCAUUCCUUGAAAAUCCAGGGCUCUGUGGCCCUCCAUUGAAGAACCCAUGUUCCUCAGACGGUGUGCAUAUUGCCCCUUCCUCUUACCCCCACGUGCCCAAAAGUUAUCCCCCACAAGGCACAUUUGGUAAGAGUGGGGGCCUUAGAGAAGGAGCAGUGGCCGCAAUUAUUGUCAGUGAUGUGGUUGGGAUUUGCCUUAUUGGCCUGCUAUUCUCAUAUUGCUACUCAAAAGUAUGUGCUUGCGGGAGGAGACAUGAUGAAAGUGGACAUGGUUUUGGAAAGAAAAGAAAGGAAUUGCUUUGCUUCGGGAUGCACGAAUCAGAGACCUUGUCAGAUCAUGUAGAACAAUGUGAUCUUGUCCCGCUGGAUAACGAAGUGAGAUUUGAUCUAGAUGAGCUUCUCAAGGCAUCUGCAUUUGUGCUUGGUAAGAGUGGUAUUGGAAUCGUCUAUAAAGUUGUGCUGGAAGGUGGUCUCAACUUGGCUGUGAGAAGACUCGGAGAAGGUGGCUCGCAGAGAUUUAAGGAGUUUCAGACAGAAGUUGAAGCAGUUGGAAAGCUAAGGCAUCCAAAUAUUGUUACUCUUAGAGCCUAUUAUUGGUCGGCAGAUGAGAAGCUACUGAUAUACGAAUUUGUUCCAAAUGGAAGCCUUUCCACUGCAAUUCAUGGAAAAUCUGGAGUCACAUCCUUUCAGCCUCUUUCAUGGUCCAUGCGGUUGGGAGUAAUGAAGGGAACUGCUAAGGGAAUGGUUUAUUUGCACGAGUUUAGCCCUAAAAAAUAUGUCCAUGGUGAUUUGAAACCAUCAAAUAUUCUGCUGGGACACAAUAUGGAACCUAAGAUCUCUGACUUUGGACUUGGGCGCAUUGCAAAUUUAGCUGGAGGCUCCACGACACUGCUAUCCAACCGAAUGGCCUCCGGGAGACAGCAGCAACCACAGCCCAUCAGUGCAUCAUCAGAAUUGGCAUCCGUUAUUUCAACUGGAUCUUUAGGAUCUCCUUAUCAAGCUCCCGAGGCAUUCAGGGUAAUGAAGCCAUCUCAAAAGUGGGACGUGUACUCUUAUGGAGUAAUCCUAUUGGAAAUGCUAACUGGGAGAUCAUCAUUAGUGCAAACUGGGUCUUCUGAAACGGAUAUUGUUAACUGGAUUCACAUCUGUAUUGAAGAGAAGAAGCCUCUGUCAGAUGUUUUGGACCAAUAUCUAGCCGAAGAUGUUGAUAAAGAGGAUGAAAUGAUUGCUGUUCUAAAGAUUGCCAUGUCCUGCCUUCACACCAACCCAGAAAGGAGACCUUCAAUGAGGCAUGUCUUGGAAACACUGGAAAGAUUGCCUGCUACCAGCGUUUUUUAACAUCCUCCUCUCAUUCGUUUGUUGGGUUGUGUUCAAUUAAACUGCGUGUUCAAGGACGGCACCGAAAAGACAAGUUGAAUUGCAUCACCCGGAAACAGUUUCCUGUGGAAAUCUAUGCGGCGGUGCACAACAGAAUUGAAUGCAACACAUUAAUUAACCAUGAAAUUUUCAUUUUGCUUAAUUAACCAUGAAAUUUUCAUUUUGCUUGACAAAAUGGUGUUUGGUUGGUCUGUCUGGUUGUAAAUCAGUUAGCCGGGACGGUUUUAGUUGUUUUGGUAAAUUAAAUGAGGUUGCGUAU